AUGCAUCAUACAUUUCUUCUAAUUAGCGAUGUUCAUUAUCGUUUAGACAACGUUGAAAAACUUAAAAAAUGGUUAAUACAAAAAGACAGAUUGAAAGAUUCAAUUAUUGUUUCUGGUGAUCUUGUAAAUGCGGAUUUUUUUACUCCUUUGACAACUGAAAAGGAUAAAAAAGAAUUUCGUGAAUUAUUAUCUACUUUAGAAAAAUUUGGCAAACCAUUAUAUUAUAUACCUGGAAAUCAUGAUCCGGAUACAACUUUUCUUCCAUCAUCAUCAGAUGAAGAAACUUUGAAUGCGAUAAAUUUCCACCAAAAAGUUAUUCAGAUAUCAUCGGGAUUAAGUAUUGUAGGAUUUGGUGGGUCAACGGAUGCAGUUUGGAAAAAUCAACCAGAAACUGUCGUUUGGCCAGCUUUUCCUAAAAAUACCGAAUCACUCUUCAUCGAGAAAUUACCAAUUCUAUUGGAUCAAAUUAAAGAUGAUGACAUCAUUCUAAUUACUCAUGUUGGUCCUUCUAAGGUUGGAACCACUGAUGUGGACAAAUUUCCUUUGAAGGAACCUUCAACUGCUAUCGAGGCUGGCAGCCCAGUUUUACGCAAGAUUCUCGAAUCGAAAACUUCAACUCCCGAAAAUCCAUUAAAUUAUAAUAUUGUAAUAAAUAUUCAUGGUCAUUCACAUUAUCCUUUUGGCCUUUCACACAUAGGCCAAACCAUGGUGAUUAACCCUGGUCCCCUUGGUGAUGGUAGAUUUGCGAUCCUUACAUUAAGUCAAUUAGAUAAAGAAAUUUUAUUACAAAGAGAUAAAGAAAGGAUUAAUUAUUAUAGAAAUUUCAAUAAGUCUAAUUUUUGGGUUAUGGAAGGAUUAGAAUUUUUUUUUGUAUAA